AAGCAAAAGUGUAUUUAAUUCAUUCAGAAUACAAAUAAUUUAAAUGUUUUAAUUCCACAUAUCAUGCCAGGAUGUCAUAUCAAGACUUAUUAACGAUACUAGUGGUGUUGAUGGGGCAAGCAGGCCUACUUGAUUCCUUGCGUUGUUAUACGUGUACUGGAGCCACACGUCUACAGGCCUGUAACCAGACAGUUAGCUGCGGGCCUCAUCAGUCAUGUUCAAUGACUAAAUCUCGAGGUCUACCAACUACAUUUUCACUAACCUGCAUGGAUAACCAGCAAUGCUUGGGUGACCCAGGACUAAUUGGGAAAAGACAAAACACAGAAUGCCAUGAAUGUUGUACGAGAGACCUCUGCAAUAAAAAUCUGUGUUCCUACCUUCUUCCGUCUGUAUGCCACGAUGAUGAAUCGUUUGACUGUGCUAGAGCGAACACGCUAUUUGGUAUUUGCAAUGAUAUCGAUCAUGCUAAAAAGAUAUGUCCAAACUUCUGUGGGCUGUGUAAUGUAGUUGACGGAAUGUGGUCGAGUUGGGCCGCUUGGAGUUCUUGUGACGUCACUUGUGAGCAUGGCAACAUCACACGCUUUAGAACCUGUACCAAUCCGGCACCCCAAAACAAUGGCAGUGACUGUGUUGGCAAUUCAAACGAGCUUAAGGGCUGCAACCUGGAGCCUUGUCCGGUCCAUGGGGGCUGGAGCGAAUGGUUGUCAUGGGGAACGUGUUCUGUAUCAUGUGACGUUGGUAUUGAAAGUCGAGAUCGGACGUGUACUAAUCCAAAACCGGAUAGGUUUGGGGAUCAUUGUUUUGGAACUCCACGGGAUAGCAGAAUAUGUUCAUCUUUGCCAUGUGAAAAUGGAAUUUGGUCGUCAUGGCAACAGUGGGCUCCUUGUCCUGUAACAUGCGGAUUUGGAAUAACAUCACGUGAUCGCCAGUGCAACAAUCCCAUUCCGUCGUUAUUUGGCCACCAGUGCGAAGGACAUGACGCUGAUUGGCAAGUCUGCUAUGGACUAAAUUGCCCAAGUCCAGUCGAUGGAGAAUGGACCUUAUGGACGACAUGGCAUCCCAUUUACCCACCUUCAAAUAUAAGCAAUCGGACAAGGACUUGUACCUCCCCGCCUCCUCAGAAUGGGGGAAGGGAUUGCAAUGGUUCUUCGUUCGAAAUACGUUCACCACAUGACUGUUUUGAUAUACAAGAGCUGGCGUUAGGGAACACUUCCGGCGUGUACACAAUUAUAACCGCUGAAACUAAACAGUCACUUCAGGUUUUCUGUGAGAAUGAAGCAGAUGGCGGUAGAUGGACUGUUUUUCAACGAAGAUUUAAUGGGUCCGUUGACUUCUAUAGAAGGUUUUCUGAAUAUGAAAAUGGAUUUGGACAUAUAAAUGGGGAGUUUUGGCUAGGACUAAAAUAUAUAAGUGAAAUGACAGCUGUUGGCCCAAACGAGCUGCGCAUUGACAUUAUGGAUUUCAAUGGCACGAAGGCUUAUGAAGUAUAUUCUGCAUUUCGGGUUGGGCUCGGAACAAAAUAUACUCUUCACAUCGGCAAAAGGACACGAUUUGAUUCCACAGCGAUGUUAUGUAUUUUCAAACAUUUUGCAGUGCAUGGAAACUAUACAAUGAUGGAUACUAUGUACGGUGAAAAUGGUAUGCAAUUCAGUACGUGGGACAAAGAUGUUGAUAAUUCUACUUCGAUGUGUUCACAUUAUAAUCAUGGAGGAUGGUGGUAUAAUGACUGUUCAACCAAGAACUUAAACGGACAAUACAACGCCAGUUCCGAUUCAGGAAUGGCGGUAGUCGAUUAUAGUUAUAUGUUUCCAGGGCGCCCACAUCUUCGAGAGACAAAGAUGAUGUUUCGUCGAGUGGAAAGUGGUUAA